CUCCAAGACCUGUCAACGAUCGCUGGCCAAGCGCAGUAAUUUGUACGUUGAGGACGAGCGGAAUCUCACCUCUGUGGAAAGGCACAGGCGAUAACCACCGGAUAUAGCACACCCGACUUGCGCAUCCUGUUCAAGUCAUAACUUAUCUUUCGGUUUUCGUCAGCUUGGAACCUUUGUUGGUCAACACGUCCCGUUCUUGGAAAUAUAAAGAAACGCUGUGUGCUGAGAGUAGACGUUUCAAAGACCGUUUUUACCUCCAGCGUUUACACAUGUUGGAACAGGUACACUUGAUUCUUGAGAGAGAUCUACAAACGGUACCAAGGAACUCUAGUGAAGAGUCCUACGUUCGAGCUCUACCCAAGGAAUGGCGACUGUACACCCUCCACAUCAAGCGAUAAAACACCCAACGAUGCAGAAAUCUCCAUCAUCUUCAGCCCAUAGUCCAUCAUCCUCCGCAGUUCAAAACAAUACUUGGACAUUCACCUCCUCCCCUGCCAAUCCUCCUCCUCCCCCUUCCCCAGUCACAGAUAUGACGCCACCACGACAUACACUGACAGCAACAACAAUCCAACCUGCUUCCACCUCACUUUUGGAAAAGUACCUACGGCAUAUCAUGCGCCAGCUUGAGUAUUGUGUUGAACUCAUUGAUGAUACCCCGGCCCUUGCCGCUCGAGCUCAGUUAGAUGCGGCCGCAGGAAAUCCGAGCGCAUGCAUUGUGUAUGCGUUAUGCCUGCAUGCUGGAUCGAAGAGCUUGCAACGUGAUGAUCAGGAGGCAUUAAAGUGGCUAACAAAGGCGGCUAAUACGGAGCUGCCUUUGGAAGCUCAAAAAUCAGUGAACGGCAGCGCAGCGUCGGACCAGUCGCAGUUGAAAGCACCCGAACCAACCCCUUCAGCUGCAUCGUCAGAUGCCCCACCACAAAAUAGCAAGCACAAUCACCAUCAUUACAGAAAGGCGGUCAUUGCUGCAGCAAACGCUAUGCUUGGUGAUUGGUAUCGCCGUGGUGUAGGUUGUGGUGCUGACUACAAUAGGUCAUUCAAAUACCUGAAGCGCGCCACCGAACUCGGAGACGUGAACGCGUUGUCAGCCCUGGCGGAAAUGUAUGAGAGGGGAGCAGGCAUACAUAGAGAUGACUCGGCUGCCUUUGUCUAUUACAAAAAAAGCGCCGAACAAGGUUAUGUCAAGUCAAUGUUCAAAGUCGGACAAGCGCUGGAGAAAGGCAAAGGCGUGAAUGUGAACUAUAUGCAAGCGAAAAUAUGGUAUCGGAAAGCCACCUCUCGCGGGCACUUUCCGUCAGCGGUACGCCUUGCCACCCUUUCCCUCGAUCCGGCGUUUGAGACGUAUGACAACUUGGUUGCAGCUGCUCAACAGGUCAAAACCCCGCGCACAUUGCACGAUCUUGCACUAGCACACUCGUCUACCAAACAUGGAGCAAAGGCUGACAUUCGGCAAAUGAAAAAGUGGCUUCUCAAGGCGGCGAAAAUGGGCCAUGCUCGGUCGCAAUGGCUUAUGGGAAAGGUCUAUCAGGAUGGCCGAUUGCAUGAGGCCCCAACGACGAAGGGAUCCCAGGCAGCAGAGUCUACCUAUACUCCAAUGCAGAGAGCAUUUUAUUGGUAUCACCGCGCAGCACUGCAGGGUUUCCAACCCGCUCAAUGGGCGGUCUGCAGCAUGUAUCGUAGCGGCAUUGGCAUCAGGCAGGACAAUGAUAUGGCGGAUAAAUGGCAGCGAGCAUCCAACCGAUGUGGAUGUCAAAAGAUUCGCACGGAGGCCCAAGACCAAGCGUGUAUCACUGGGUACAGUUUAAAUGAGGCAAAUGGUCCCAUAUGGAAUGGGCUCGAACAGGAAAAGCCUUUCAAUCUGGUUAACACACAAAUAUCAGCUGAUGCAGGACUGGGCGGCAUGCCUGGGAUAAGCGGGACGCCCGUAAGAUUUGAUCUCACUUCGUCGGCUUCCCGAAGCGGACCUGCCGUUUCAGCUACAGCAACAAAUGGUCCUACAUCAGGAGCGAGCGCGGGUCACGGUGUCGUAACAUCAGAUCAGACUGAACCAUAUGACACGGAUAGUGAUGGAUACAAGGACAUGAAGGUUCUUCUUGAAUCGAUGUACCUUACCAAAGGAGUCUAUCUUCAGGACCGUGGAAACUCAAAAACUGUACCUACAUUACUGCAACUAGAACAAUACCGAGAUACUAACUACGACGCCAUAGCACACCUGAAGAACAUAAAAACCACCUUCCAUAGGGCCGAAGAAUACAGUAAACUCGAGCGGCAUGAACAGGCUGUUGCCGAAUACGCCAAGGGGUUUCGCGCCUUUGAAGGCCUCUUCGACCUUCAGCAUUAUAAUCUGCGCCUGCUUGCGGCUGUCUCCGUCAGCUUUGUUUUGGCCCGCGACCCGAAUAACUCGGACGCGCUCCUCGUGGACUGUUUCCUUAACCUACUAAAUCGUCCAUGCGAACUUGGUAUAGUUGCCUGCACAAAAGUCAUACAAGCAAAUGCAGAAGAGGUGGCGGCGUAUGUGCUUCGAGCAGGAUACAGAACACGCCUGAUGCUCUUUGAGGAAGCACUAAAGGAUUAUGAGAUUGCAUAUCGCAUAGAAGGAAAGAAUGCGUGCAAUACUCCUCAGAAAGAUGGGAAAGAGUGCCAAAAAGGAAAGGGAAAGCCCACGCUUUCGCAUGCGCUAGCCGAAAUCUACUAUCAAAUGGGUGUCUGCCACAGUAAUAUGGAGGGAAGAGAACAUCGAAUCGCGAGUAUCAAAGCAAUGGUCCAUUAUCUUGGGAUGGUUGGGGCGGAUGGCAGGCGAGUACCAGAUGCGCACUAUACAAUUGCGGGCAACUGUCUCGCCUUGGACAAUGUCCGCAAACUUGUAGAACAUUUCUCGAAAGGCCUGGAAGCAGAAACUGUUCGAUUUCAUUUCUAUCCUCCAAUCAUAAAUCAGGAUCUCAAAACUCGUCUCACCCUCGAAGUCAAAUAUGCCGUUGUAACUGGAAGCACUCAUGUACGCACCCAACCAUGGUCCAAAGUUACACCCACGAUUCUCCGCAUGGUAGAAGGAGAUGAAAGCUCUGGAAGCGUAAGUCGAGAAUGUCUUGCUUGUGGGAGCUUGGGGAAAACGCGAACAUGUGGAAAAUGUAGAAGGGCUAGAUAUUGUAGCGUCAAUUGUCAGAUUGCCCACUGGAUUCGUGGGCAUUCCUUUGAAUGUAGGCCCGCUAAACAAUCUCCAUCUGCGGCUGCCUGAUGUCGCAUUACAGUAGAAUUACGGAGAAGAAUGAACCCGGCUGAGCCGUGGUGAAGUGUGGUGGAUAUAUAUAUAGAGACGGCACGCAUGUACGAAAAGCACAGCGGGAGCAAUUCCGUAACCUUGUUCCAAGUGAAUGAAAAGCAUCUGGGCAGCCCCCGAGUUAUCACUGGCUAUCCCAGCCAGCAAACCAGCACGGGACAUCCCUUAAUAGUAUCCAUUGCGCACCUGUUAUGAAAAAGGAA